AUUUUAUUGAGCGGCUUGAGAGGAAAACGGAAGGCAGAGGAGAAAAAGUGAGAAAAGUAAAAGGAGAAUGAGACAGUGAGAAGAGAGGAGAGAAGAAUUUAAUAAUAAAAUAUAUUUAUGCAUUUGGCUAUUUUAACGAUAAUAUGAGAGUAUUUGUGGCCUAUAAUACGGAGAGAGUCUCCUUGGAGGUUCAAGAAUCGGAUACAGUUGAAGAAAUACGUGAAAAAGUUCGAGAUAUUUUUAAUAUAGGACCAGACGGUUCAAGUAUACUGACUUUAAGAUUCUACGGUGGAGAGCUAAAGAGUACAUGGCUUAUCUCAGAUUUGGGCUUAGUUCCAGGAUGCAGUUUAAAGUAAUAUUUAAAAAAACAAAGCCUAAAGAUAUAAUAAUAAUAAUUAAUUAAUUAAUUAAUUAAUAAUUUGGUGUUAAUUUUUGUUAUCAAAGAUUUAAUAGCAUCGGUUUUUUUUUGUAUUACUUUAAAUAAAAACUUAAAAGAGCUGUUGUAAGAGAGCAAAUUGAGCCUACUUUAUUUGUACAUUCCCCUUAUAAUGGAGAUACUCUGGAAAUUAUGGAUAAAUUUAACGCCCAGGACUUAAAAGUUCAUCAAUUGAGAUCUAUUGUAUCACGUAAAAGUGGACUUCCUGUUAGUGUCUUCCGUUUAACAACUGUGGAAGGAACUGAAAUGUAUGAUUGCCAAUUUAUUGACUCUUAUGGAAUAGGGGUAGGCGAUAGAAUUGUACUUGAAGUAUGGGAUGGAUGGUCUGAUAUGUUAAAUGCCGCUAUUACCGGGUUUACUUCAGAUCUCAUGGAGAGUCUCUUCAAAGACGAUGUCAUUUCCAGAUUUCAAAUGAAGGUCGCUUUAUAUAUAGCAGCGCAUUACGGUCACGUUGAAUUAGCCGUUAACCUCUUAAGACACGGAGUAAGACCCGAUGAAGCUAUAGGAGAACACCCUCUAAGACAAUGGUGUAAAGGUGAAGAAUCACACAUCGAUACGUUUAAGGCGGCAAUUCAUGAAUCGGCCGAAAGCGGACAGUUAAAUGUGCUCAGAUCGUUCGUUCAUCAUAGCGUCACAUCCGUUUUAGCGAAAGACGGUAACGGACUAACGGCACUAAAUAUCUCGUUAAGAAUGAAACAAAGACACUGUGCAUCAUUCCUAUUGACCAAGCAAUGGAGUAAGAUUCAAUAUACGAAAAAAGCAUCACUACCAUUAUCUAUUUAUACGAAAAUGAAAAAAUGGUGUGAACAUGCCAAAACAAAAACAUUAGUUAUACACGGUCAUUAUAAGUCAUCUAUUAAAAACUAUAAAAGGCAUUUAGCCCAAGGAGCUCUAGUUGGUCAUGGAUUGCAACUAGACGGCUUCGGGCAGUCAAAAUUAUCAACAAAACCAUUAAAUUUACUUAAAAUAGAAGAGGAAGAAUCGGAGAAAAGAAAGAAAAGACUUUAUGGUAUUGAUCCACCAUCGGGUCAAAUGGACCCGGAGAUCUACUUUAAAUCGCUAAGUUCAGUUGCACUUAUGAGAUCUGGACCUAAAUUAGGGAAAUGGGGUAAAUUGGUUUCGAAAGCAAAUAAUUUAAAAAAGAGUACUUCAGAGGAUUCGAAUCAUGAAGAUAAAGAAAGUGAAUCACUUAAAUUGCCUCCUAUAAAGGAAAAUAUGAAAAAGAAACCAUUUGAUCCUAGUAGAAGAUCAUUCCUUUUACAAACUGGAGCUGAAAGUGUUGGCACGCGUUCUAAUCCGGAAACUGAGCGUAGCGAUAAAAAAUCCAGCUUUCAAUUGAGAAAAAAACCGAGUCAGUUAGCACCUAUAAAGAGACGACCAGUAAAGCCUUUACCAGCAGAUUUAAGGAAGACUAUGGAAGAGUUCGAUUUUGAAAGAGGUAUGAAAGCCCGUGAGAAUGCAAUCAAAUGUUUAUCUGUGGCAACGACAUUCGAAAAACCUUGGUUACAACAAAUAAGACUGGCGUUGAAUAUCGCUAGAACAGGGGUAAGAAAGAUACUUGAUAAAAAACCUUAUAUGUUUUCCUUUGAGGAGAGCGAAAAAAGUUCAAGAUCCAAUACACUACAAGCUAGAACAGCGUGAUUUUCAACAAGGAAAAUGAAUACACUAUCUUCUUUCAUUACCCAUAGCAACAAAUAACUUGAUCAUUAGCUUUCGUACGCAUCCUGCAUAUAAAAAAAAAGAGCUAUCAUUAAUAAACGAAUUGUAUACAUCAUUAAAGAUGAUGAAUAUUCAAAACGAUAUAACUUCGCAAGCUAAAUAAAUAAGGAUUUAUUUUGUUCAAAAAAGAAAGAAACAUACAGACAGGAACAUUUUUAUAAAAAUGGAUUUUCUCUUUUCUUUUUUUUUGCGAUUAAUGAAAAUCUAAAAAGGAUGAAAGGAAUGCAAUCGUCUCUAUGUUUAAAUACAAAAAUUAACAAUUAUUUACCUCAAUAUACAUAUAUAUUUCGUAUUGAUGUGUGUAUAUAAAGAUAAAAAAGAAUAAAUGAAAAAAGGUGGGAGAGAGAGAGAGAGAAAAAAGAUAAUCCUAUAAUGCAUAAGAAAUUACGUGUAUUAGCUAAAAACUGGAAAUUUACGCUCAAGUUGUUAAUGUAUCGCUAUUAAUAAAUGAUUUUCAAAAAUAUCAUUCAAACAAGCACUUUUUGUGCAUGAAAAGUAAUUCUCUUAAAUAAAGAAAAUCCUAUUUUCUAUCGCAAUAUGCUUUAAAGGGCUCUUUUCAAUUUAUUAGAAUAAGACAGCGUGAAGGGGGACAGUGUGGGGGACGAGAUACGAAGAAUGUAAGAAAGAUAGGACAAAAGUAGAAAGAAAUCUCUCAAGGUUAAAACAGUCAACAACAAAAAUAAUAAUAAAAUGUAGAAAAGGAAAAAAAAUCGUAAGAGAUGUAACAAACUAAUUCGAUAAUAAAUCUUUAACAGAUUUAAGUCUUCC